AUGGAGCGGCCCGGCGGCGGCGCCGAGGGGGCCUGGGCCGCGCUGCUGGGCCGGCAGCACCAGGCCCGGGAGUUCUGCCCGGGGGUGAACAACCAGCCGUACGUGUGCGAGACCGGGCACUGCUGCGGGGAGAGCGGCUGCUGCACGUACUACUACGAGCUGUGGUGGUUCUGGUUGCUCUGGACCGUCCUCAUCCUCUUCAGCUGUUGCUGCGCCUACCGGCACCGGCGGGCCAAGCUGCGCCUGCAGCAGCAGCAGCGGCAGCGGGAGAUCAACCUCAUCGCCUACCACGGUGCCUGCAACUACCCCGCCUCCAUGAUGGACCUCAGGAUGCUGGCCUCCUUCAAGCUGCCCGCCUACGAGGAGGUGGCCCACCGGCCCGGCACGCCGCCUCCGCCCUACAGCUCCAUCCUGGCGCAGCUGAGCGGGCCCCGCAGCCGCCUGGGCUCCAGCAGCCUGACACUGUCGCCCAGCUCGGAGAACUACACCAGCUGCUCGUGCGAGUCGAGCUGCGUGACGUCCCCCAGCAGCACGUCGCUCUCGGUGCAGGUGACGGACGAGACGGAGCGCAGCCAGGCCAGCACGCCCAGCGAGGAGUGCGGCACCAGCAGCACCGGCACCGGCGCCAGCUGGGAGCUGCCCGAGGAGCCGCCCGCCCGCCCGGCCCCGCACAAACACGCGCUCUUCUCCUCCAACGUGGACUUCUUCGAGGCCGACUGCCACCGCUGCUCCGACAUCGAGGAGGGCGAGGAGGAGGAGGAGGAGGAGGGGCGCGGCGCGGCGACGGAGGAGGGCGGCGACCAUCGCCGGCACCGGCGGCUGACGGGCGACUCCGGCAUCGAGGUGGGGCGCUGCCAGGAGGAGGAGGGUGGCGAGGAGAGCGAGGGCGAGGGAGCGCGCCUGCUGGGCAAGGCCGGCUCCGCGCGGCCCCAACGCGGCGUCCCGGCCGAGCCGGGCAGCGCCGAGCCGGGCGCCGCUCCCCUGCCCGUGUGA